GGAGGGUUUGCCUCUUCAGCCGCUGGGAGGCCUCUGCACUCCGUUCCCCGGCGCCUGGCUGCGAUUACUCACUGGAGCAGCGGCACCAGCCUUCCACCAGGGAGCCCGAGCUCCCGCCCUCCUCCCCCAUCUGCAGCCUGCUGGCUCCCUCUCUCCCUCUGUCUCACUCUCUCUCUCUCCCUUUCUCUCCCUCUCCUAUCGCAGCACAAUGAAAGCCUGUGUUUCGUCGUGAGUCCGAGGAGCGGGAGCCGGUGUCAGAAAAGCGCUCGGAACAGACCUGAAAGAGAAAGGAAAAUACCAGCUACUUUUUUCUUCUCCCCCCCCCCCCCCAUCUAUAAAGCAAAGCAUUACAAGAGAUAGAGCCACAUUGCCUAUGGGAGUCCAGACCCUGUGAGCCACUGGCCGGGAAAGGAAUGUACGAAAGUGGACAGAAAAGUGGCUGGAUAUGACUCGGUGCAAUUUGCUGGAAGUUUGUAAGUUUGACCAUCGUUUGUAAAUUACUCUCGGAAGACUUUGUCUCUCUUGAUACUGUAUUAGAAUAGAACUUGGGGGCGAGGGAUAAAAACGUAAGUGGGAAAGGGGAAGAAACGUGUUGAAGGAGAUUUCUCAGUAGCCAGCCACUUCAGAGUGCUUUCAUUUAAAACUAAGCAACCUAAGAGGGAAUCGGGAUUUUUGCCGGUGAUUGGAUUAGCUUGAAGAAAAGAGCAUGGUCCUGAAGUCCAAUUACAGACAUUGUUAAGACUGAAAAGCUGUCUCCUUUGGGGAGAAGACUACAUUCUACCGUGCCCCCCAGGAGGACACCGGAGGGAGAGAAAGGGACGGAGAAACCAAGACAGUCUGCCUUGAUUUCCUACACUUCGAACAUGACUUCUGAAGCCCCGGGAAACAGCCCUGUUGUUUGUUUUCUAACCUGAGCAGAAGUGAAGGUUGUUGGUUACAGAGCCCAGGCUAGAAAUGUGUUUCUCUGCAGAAACACCCCCAUAAAUAAUUUUCUGAAGCAACUUGGUGAGGGGGAGGCCGGGCCUCUGUUAAUGACCCUUUUGAUUCCUUGAUGAUCCCUGAAUUCUUGAACUAUCCCCCAGACUUUGUGUUUACAAAGUACCUGGAGGCUCUUGUCAGCCUGGUGGGGGAGAAAAAGAUCUACAACUCUCUCGAACUUCUCCUGAGCUGUCAAAUGCAAUUAGAGUAAGUUGGUCAGGGUUUGUUUCGAACUUCCCCUCUCCAAUUGGUUUCUAAUCUUUCUCCCCACCCUCUUGCUACUCGCUCCCCUCCCCCACACCUCCUCCACUAUCUCCCCACCCUCUGAAGACCUUUAUUCAUGUGGCCCUGAACACUGAAACCAGCUUUGCCUGCGAUACUCAGCCCCAGACUCUUGCACCUCAUCAUCCCAGAGGCAGUAAUCAUUGUGUCCAACAAGAUGGGGGACACAGCGCCCCCGCAGGCCCCCGCAGGAGGUUUGGGGGGGGCUUCUGGGGCGGGGCUCCUUGGAGGGGGCUCAGUCACCCCUAGAGUGCACAGUGCUAUUGUGGAACGCCUGCGGGCUCGCAUUGCUGUCUGCCGACAGCACCACCUGAGCUGUGAAGGACGCUAUGAACGUGGUAGAGCUGAGAGCUCAGACCGAGAAAGGGAAAGUACUAUGCAGCUCCUCAGCCUGGUCCAGCAUGGCCAGGGGGCAAGGAAGGCUAACAAACAUGCCAAGGCUGCAGCCACAACUGCCACCACCACAGCCCCUGCACCGCCCCCUGCUGCCCCUUCUGUGGCCUCCCAGGCAGCAGCCACAGCCCCACCACCUCCACCAGACUACCACCAUCACCACCAGCAGCACCGGCUGACCAGUAAUGAUAAUGGUGGGAUAAACAGAGAGCAGCAACCACCAGCUUCGACCCCCGGGGACCAGCGCAACUCAGCCCUGCUUGCGCUCCAGGGCUCCUUGAAAAGAAAACAAAUAAUCAACCUGUCUCCUGCCAACAGCAAGAGGCCCAAUGGCUUUGUCAACAACUCGUUCCUCGAUAUCAAAAGGAUCAGGGUAGGGGAGAACCUUUCCACAGGUCAGGGGACCCUCCCGGUAAAUAAUGGACAAAGUCAUAUGAUGCCAGGACCCUUGACCAUGAGCCAAGCACCCCUGAGAAAGACUAACGCUGCGCCCCCUCCUGGGCACUCUCCUAGCAACGCCAUGUUUAACAUGGGCUUAAAGGAGGUGAAGAAAGAGCCUGGGGAGACCGUGUCUUGCAGUAAACAUGCGAACGACCAAAUGACACAGGAAAGUCAGUUUGGAGAUGACCCUGGAGAGCAACUGAUGGACCCUGAACUACAGGAACUGUUCAAUGAGCUGACCAACAUAUCAGUGCCUCCCAUGAGUGACCUGGAACUAGAGAACAUGAUCAAUGCCACUAUUAAGCAGGACGACCCAUUCAGCAUUGACUUGGGUCAGCAGAGCCAGAGGAGCACACCCAGACCUUCCCUGCCCAUGGAGAAGAUGAUUAUCAAAAGCGAAUAUUCACCUGGUUUGACCCAGGGCACCUCAGGCUCUCCCCAGCUAAGGCCCCCAUCAGCUGGCCCUGCAUUCUCCUUGGCCAACUCUGCUCUCUCUACUUCAUCCCCAAUCCCCACAAUCCCCCAGAGUCAGCCUCAGCCUCAGACAGCAGCAGGAACAAAUAGGGCCCUGCCGAGCUGGCAAGAAGUGUCCCAUGCCCAGCAGCUCAAGCAGAUAGCUGCAAAUCGCCAGCAACAUGCACGGAUGCAGCAGCAGCAGCAGCAGCAACAGCAGCAACAGCAGCAGACUCCUCCCAGCUGGCCAGCCCUGCCCUCCUCUGCUGGGCCAUCCCCAGGGACAUUUGUGCAGGAAAACAUGCCCAGUUCUUCCUUUGGCCAACAGCCAUUCAACCCACAGGGGUCAUCUAUGCCUGGGGUAGCCAGCAGCAGCAACCAGUCCAAAGCAGUGACCAACUAUGCGUACAAGGCUAGCCCCUCAGCCCAGGCUGGACACCUGGAUGUGCUUCUGCAGCAAAAGACUCAGGAUCUCAGUCGAAGUUUUAUUAACAACCCGCACUCAACCUUGGAGUCCCGACAUGGCAACACCAAGCCUCUGUUCCAUUUUAACUCAGACCAAGCAAACCAGCAGAUGCCUUCUCUUUUGCCUUCCCAGAGCAAGCCUUCUCUCCUGCACUACACGCAGCAGCAGCCUCAGCAGUCACAGCAGCAGCAACAACAACAGCAACAGCAAGGCUCGCUGGCAGCUCAACAACAGCAGCAACCACCACAGAGUUCAUUGGUAACUCAGCAGCAGCAGCAGCAACAGCAGCAGCAGCAGCAGCAGCAGCACCAACAGCAAGGCUCAAUGGCAGCUCAGCAGCCGCAGCAGCCGCAGCAGCAACCGCAGCCACCAUCCCAACCCACCCAACCUUUAUCAAGCCAGUCUUUGCUAAGGUCACCUCUGCCACUUCAGCAAAAGAUCAUGCUUCAGAAAAUGCAGCCUCAGCCCAUCGCAGGCCUGGGAUAUCAAGUCACUCAACAGCACAGACAGGAUCAACACACUGUGGUAGGCCAGAACACAGGCCCCAGUCCAAGUCCCAACUCCUGCUCGAAUCCAAACACGGCAAGUGGUUUCAUGAACUCCCAGCAGUCUCUGCUGAAUCAGCAAAUGAUGGGGAAGAAACAGACCCUGCACAGGCCAGCCAUGGAGCCCAAGCAACAGCUCCUCCUCCAGCAGCAGAUGCUGGCUGAUUCGGAGAAACUUUCCCCUCAGGAUCAGAUGAACCGACACCUGACAAGACCACCCCCGGACUACAAAGACCAAAGAAGAAACUCGGGAAGUUUGCAGCCAGCCACUCAGUAUUCUGGUGGCGCAUCUACGGUGAAUAUAAACUCUAACCAGACUUUGACAAACCCGGUCUCCACACACACCCUUCUGACGCCAAACUCCAGCCUCAUGUCGUCGACGUCACAUGGGAUGAGAGUGCCACUGUUGUCCACAGCAGUUCAGAGCAUGGGAGUGUAUGGAAACCUGCCUUGUACCCAGCCCGGCACCUACGUCACUCCAGCAAUGAAUCAGCUGACCCAACAGAGAAACACGACUCCACUGAUAACCAAUCAGAACAACCCCCUGAUGUCACGGCCAUCUCCCUUAGGGGCAAAUAACGGUAACAGUGUGGCCACCUUUGCAGCCGGAGCUGUUGGCAGUUCACAACAACUGAGGCCAAGUUUGCCCCACAGUUUAGCAGGCAUACCAGCCCAGAGGUCAUCCACCGUCAUGAUCUCAUCCAACACAACAGCAACAAACUGGGCUUCUCAAGAUGUAACAGCGAAACAACAGGAAGCCCUCAAAUCCACAGGAGUCCGCUUCCCAACAGGAGGUACACCUGCAGCCUAUACCCCAAACCAGUCCUUGCAAGCAGGAGUGGGGAACCAGUCAUUUUCCCAGAGGGCAGUGGUGCCCCCUAGCCAAUUAACGCCAGCAGUACAAAUGAGACCUAUGAACCAAAUGAAUCAGGCACUAAAUGGGCAAACUCUGGGUCCACUCAGGGGUUUGAACCUCAGACCUAACCAGCUGAGCUCGCAGAGUCUGCCUAAUAUGAAUCCGUCAGGCACAGGAUUGAAUCAGGCACGGACAGGCACCAGCCAGCCACCAUCCCUGACGCCCAACACUUUUCCUUCAUCCAACCAAAGUUCCAGGGCUUUUCAAGGCACUGACCAUAGCAGCGAUUUAGCUUUUGACUUUCUCAGUCAACAGACUGACAGCAUGGGCCCUGCCCUAAAUAGUGAUGCUGAUUUCAUCGACUCUUUAUUGAAGACAGAGCCUGGCAAUGACGACUGGAUGAAAGACAUCAACCUUGAUGAGAUCCUGGGGAGCAAUUCCUAAGAGAAAAGGAAGGUGGUGCGGUUCGCAGGCUCCAGGCAGUAUCAGCCAAGGACCCUGUAAUGCACCCGAGUGAACUCAGGCAUCCUAACGGAAAGCUGACAGUAACCACGGUGAUGAACACUCUGGUUCAUUCUUGUUUCAAAAAUCCCGAGCCUGAUAUUAAAACAUUAGGAUGGCUUUUCCCUGCCUGAGCGUCAGGACACGAUGUCCAGUUUAUCCAAACACAACUGUGAUGUUGGUGUGUAGUUAAUUAUGUCAAACGGUCUUCCCAAGUUCCUUUUCUCGGUGAAGGAAACACAGAGGAACUUGAGACUUGUUUCAAUCCCGUAUGGCAGACAGGGGUUAGUUCUAAGCAACAGGCAGUAGACUGCCAUCUGCUCUGGUAGAUAAGGACGCUUAGGUUUCUCCACUGUCUUUUCUUUUACUUAUCCUAAAACUUGCAGAAAAGAUUGACAUGUUAUAUGGUUGUUUGGAGUAACUAAGAGAGCACCAGAGAACCAAGAAGCCAUCCAGCAGAUUAGAUGAUUUCUUCCCUAGCUGCGGUCCUCAUUUUGUAGUUUUCCCACGUGUUUUGUAUUUUGGUGGGAUGCUGUGUCUUGUGAUAAAACAGGAAUGCAGGACUUACAGCUUGCAUGGGGCUUCCCUGCUGAUUUUUAUAGGUAACCAAGACUUGUCCCAUCACCCCAAAGUGUCAGUGCACAACUGCCUACAUCAAAUUUCACUUAAAAAAUUGAAUUUUGCCAUGUAGGAGACAAACAUGGCCACAAGUAACCAGAGAUGUUUCUAACUAUGAUUGAGGCCCACGGUUGUGCCCAAGCAGGAUGAAAUUGAGCCUUGACCUCCUAUUUUUUGGUAGCCUGAGACUUGUUUGUAAGGAAUGAAGGUUUGAAUUGGAGUGAGAUUAGAGCGUCCUCUUUGGAUUGGAGAUAGGGAACAGGAAGGAGAAGGGUAUGAGGAUUGGCACAGAGCCUUUUCACAGAGUGUAGAGGAAAUCAUAACUGAGACAACAGAGCCUUCCUUGGACAUAGCACUUGGACUUGGUUGGACAGCUGAGCUCAGUGUAGGCUGUGCGUAGCCACUCUCCACGACACAGGGAAGUUUUGCCAUAUGCUGCCUGGGCCCUUCUUAUCCAGCUUUUCUCCCUCAGGGCUGAGUUCUUUUGGGUCACGGGAGCCCAGUGUCCACAUCUAUGUCCACUGCAGAGUGGAGGAGGUGUACAGGUCAGAGAUGGCUCUAAAAUACUGCCACCACUAGCCUAAAGUCAGAGAAUCGAAGGCUACCCGUGACCUUUGAGCUAGACAGUCACACACUUAAACAUCAAGUGUGGUUUAACUCAAGUUGUUUGAGGCACCAAAUCUUCACGAAUCUGUCCAGAAAAGGAACACAUUUUUUUAAAGCUCUGUAUAGCCCUCUUCUAGACUUCACGAUGCCUUUGGGCUCUCACCUCCCAAUCCACUGCACCAAUAGCGCUGGCCCAGAAUCUUUCCCGUGCUGAUUUGUAAAUAUUAAUAAGUUACUUGUUUUUGUAAACUUUUGUAAAGAAUAUUUUGGUAGAAAUACUUAAAACAUAUUCUUUGGAUUAUAUUUAUACAUAUGUGAAAUAAAUAUGCUAUCGAAAGGUUA